UCAGUUUGAGCCAAUCGCAGAAGGCGGUGGGUGGGACAAAAUAUAUAACCUUAAUGGUAUUCUACAAAUUACGAAGUUUUUUUGAGUGUGAAACUAAUUAAAUAGCGAAAUGUUAAAGGCAAAAAUUACUCGAUUGUCUGUCAGCGAUGUUAGAUUCCCUACUUCGUUGGAGCAACAUGGUUCGGAUGCAAUGCACACAGACCCAGAUUACUCUGUUGCCUAUGUUGUAGUCGAAACAGACGGUGGAUUGAAGGGAUACGGUCUAACGUUUACUUUGGGAAAGGGCACAGAAAUCGUUGUCUGUGCUGUGGAGGCCCUCUCUGCGUUUGUAGUGGGGACAUGUCUGGAGGAGAUCGUCAGUGACUUCAGGGCCUUCUACAGGCUCCUUACCAGCGAUGGGCAGAUGAGAUGGAUCGGGCCAGAGAAGGGGGUCAUCCAGCUGGCCACCGCCGCCGUGCUCAACGCGGUCUGGGACCUUUGGGCUCGGGCAGAGGGGAAGCCACUUUGGAAGCUGCUAGUUGACAUGGAUGCCAAAAAACUCAUAUCGUGCAUCGACUUCAGAUAUAUCACUGACGCUCUCACAGAACAGGAGGCCUUGGAUAUACUGCUGAAAGGUCAAGAAGGGAGACGUCAAAGAGAGGAGCAGAUGCUGAAGGAGGGGUACCCAGCAUACACCACUUCCUGUGCCUGGAUAGGAUACUCAGACCAGCAGCUCAAAAAGCUUUGCACUGAGGCACUGAGAGAUGGAUGGACAAGGUUCAAAGUGAAGGUGGGGGAGGACCUUCAGGAUGACGUGCGGAGGUGCGCUCUCAUCAGGCAGAUAAUCGGACCCAGCAGCACUCUGAUGAUCGAUGCUAACCAGAGGUGGGAUGUGGGGGAGGCCGUAACCUGGGUGACCAGGCUGGCGGAGUUCAAGCCGCUGUGGAUCGAGGAGCCCACGUCCCCCGACGACAUCCUGGGCCACGCCACCAUCUCCAAGGCCCUGGCUCCUCUUGGCAUCGGAGUGGCCACUGGAGAACAGUGUCAUAACAGGGUGAUGUUCAAGCAGUUUCUCCAGGCCUCCGCUCUGCAGUUUGUCCAGAUUGACAGCUGCAGGCUGGGCAGCGUCAACGAGAACCUGGCCGUCCUGCUCAUGGCCUGCAAGUUCCAGGUGCCCGUAUGCCCCCAUGCAGGGGGUGUGGGUCUCUGUGAGCUGGUGCAGCACCUGAUACUCUUUGACUACAUCUGUGUGUCUGCAAGUCUCAACAACCGGAUGUGCGAGUACGUGGAUCAUCUCCAUGAGCACUUUAAAAGUCCAGUUGUGAUUCAGGAUGCCCACUACAUGCCACCUAAGGACCCAGGGUACUCCACAGAGAUGCUGGAGGAAUCGGUGAGGCGGUACCAGUAUCCCCAGGGGGAGGUGUGGCAGAGCCUCUGACCAAGAGCCCAGCCAUCCAGGACACUUCUCAGCACUUAAUUAAAAUGAGUGAUUCAGUGAUAGCCAGGAAUUCUGAUCGAGUGCAUUGAUAUGAAAAGGGCAAGUAAAGGGCAUUUGCUGCUGCUGCUGCUAUGUAGGUUGAAUUUUAGAUGGAACUUAAUUGCAGAAAGUUUUAAGUGAUGCUUCACAUUUUCAAACAAUGUUUUUCUAAGUUUUGAUCUAAGAAAGGUGAAGUGCUUGAUUUUCGUCUGUAGUAAUUGCACAAUACUUAGCACUGCUAGAUCAGAAUAAUUUUGCAUCAGAAAAUAUUUAAUUAAGAAACAAAUUAACAAUUUACAAACAAUACUUACAGUAAUAAACAUUUCUUCCUAGGUUUUACUCAUUGAUACCUAAAAAGCAAACGAAUGUGGCAAGUAUGCACACAGCCCAUUCAUAUUCUUGGAUAUGCUUAAACUGCCAUUUGCAUUUUAAUAGUGGGAUGAGGAUUGUAGUCGCAGAUUUCAAAAUCUUCAGCCUGGAAAUCAUCAAUGCUCUCCACAGUGCGUAGGAUCUUCAGCUUGGGAAAGGGCCGGGGCUCCCUCUGGAGCUGAAAGGAUAUUUGAAAUUAAAUGAAAGACCCGACACUGCACCACAACAGUGAUCUAGCACACUGCACCUCAACAUCAAUCUGACUCACUGCACCUAAUCAGCAUUCUAACACACUGCACCACAAUAUCAAUCUAACACACUGCACCACAACAUCUGACACACCCACCAAGUUUGACAUUAUUUUGGACAAACUAUGUGAGCAAAACUUAAACUUAGAGGGGGAAAUUACAGUCAUGGACCUGUGGUUUUGGCCUGCAAUGUUUACACUAAAAACAUUUGCCCUCAUAUUUAGACGUGGUUGUGGUCUUGUAUGGUAAGCGCAUACCUGGACUUUCAGAGGCUCGAUGUGGUUGGUGUAAAUGUGAGCGUCUCCCAGAGUGUGCACAAAGUCACCAGGCUGGGUAAGAGGAAAGAUCCAGUAAACACUACACAAAAUGUCCUAAUGCAAAGUGGAAUGCAAACAAAUCAAACGAUGAGGCAGCCACCAUGGUGUGGUCUCCGUCCCCUACCUUCAGCCCAGUGAUGUGGGCGAUCAUGUACGUGAGCAGGGCAUAGCUGGCGAUGUUGAAGGGCACACCUAACCCCAUGUCUCCGGACCGCUGGUACAGCUGGCAGGACAGCUCCCCAUCACACACAUAGAACUGGCACAGGGCGUGGCAGGGGGGCAGGGCCAUCAGGGGCAGGUCUGGUACAGGACAGAAAUGGGGGAUUCGCCAAAUCUGCAGCAACCUUAGAGUUUAACCACCGUCUCUACCGUUCAGGGAUUUGUAAUGCAAUAGAAAUGUUUGAUUAGAUUCUUUGCCAAGAGCUAAGUGAAUUUCACUCCGUAUUGUACAUGAGCAUCUGUGUAAGAUCAUGGACAUGGGUGAAAAGUGGUAGCUGAUGGGCAAAACUUAAUUCUUGGAAAGGACAAAGGAGAUACCUUUUGGAUUCCAAGCGCACAUAAUGAUCCUCCUGUCCUCAGGGUUGGUUUUUAUGGUAUCAAUGAUCUUCUGCAGUUGGUCUACUCCUUGUCUGGUGUAAUCUGUAGAAAAAGCAAGGAAAUGUUCUGACAGGCUGGUCUAAUGCAGUAUUAGAGCAUGGUGUUCAACACUAGCUUUGAUCCAGUUUCCUCCUCACAAGUGUAUGUACCUGCUGGAAGUGACCUUUUUGCAAUGCACCACAAAAGUAGCAAUUUAAGUAUGGGUACCAUGAGGCAUAAAGCAAACUGUAAAAGCUGACAGGUCAACAAUUCUUUAAGAGUAUUCAAAAUUGCACCAGCUGCUACUUUAUAGCAGCGUAGACCAGGCAUGCAAGUGGCAUUUACCUGAGUGCAUGUCUUUGUAUUCAGCACCAAAGUGUCUCCACUGGAAACCGUAAACAGGGCCCAAGUCCCCUUCCUCCCGGUUAGUAAAUCCACUCUUGUCCAAAAAAUCACGGGAUCCAUUUGCAUCCCAAAUUUUCACACCUUUCUCCGACAGCUCUUUGGAAUUUGUUGACCCCUGUAACAAAAAUGGCACAUCAUUUCUCCAAACCAGCAGUUUGAUGGUACUGUAUACAUCAGAAAUAGCAGCUAGAUUGAUAAGCCUCUGAACUUAAGUAAACAAAAGUACAAAAAUGUAACGUAAAAAUGCAUGUUAAAAAACAAUUGUAUAAUACGCUUAAAACGUGGGAAGGUUCUUGUUAAUUUUACUGUAGAUGAUCAAUUAUAAUGUGAUUACUAUUGCAAAUGUUAUUUAGCUGAGAAGUGCAAGGACAUUUAAGUAAAAUAGCUAGCUAAAUGAAUAAAGACCAUAGCCAACUGUAGUGUGCAGUCCUUUCAUGCAGUGUAGCUAUUGAUAUAACCCAAGAUGUAUAUAGGCCUAUUGUGCAUAAUGUAUUGCUUACUUUAAUAAACCACAACAGUUCUUCUA